GACCUCCCUUUCUGUUAAGCUGUCCUGUUGUCACUUUUUUGCAAGUCACCAGAGAAAACACGUUGUGCGUCUUCACCCCUGACUGUCUUGCGAGGCCUCUUGAGUUCAGUUUCAACGUUUGCAUCCUUCUUGUGCCGAGAGAACGAUUUUACAAGUUGUCAGAACUGGUGGGACCACAUUGUGCCAAGGCUACUGAUAACAUGGCAGCCCAGAAUGGCGAGGCAAAGCGUACCAAGGUUGCGAUGCGAGUCCUGGUGACCGGGGGGACAGGUCUGGUUGGUCAGGCUAUCCGCAGGGUGGUGGAGGAACAGCAGAGCGAGGACGAGGAGUGGAUAUUUGUGUCGUCCAAGGAUGCCGACCUCACAGACACCACAGCCACCCAGGCCCUGUUUGACAAGCACCAGCCGACCCAUGUCAUCCACCUGGCAGCCAUGGUGGGGGGGCUGUUCAAGAACCUCAAGUACAACCUGGACUUCUUGAGGAAUAACAUACGUAUCAACGACAAUGUGCUACAUCUUGCCUAUGAAAAUGGUGUGAGGAAAUGUGUCUCGUGUCUCUCUACCUGCAUCUUUCCCGACAAGACGACGUACCCCAUCGACGAAACUAUGGUCCACAAUGGCCCUCCCCAUGAGUCCAACUUUGGCUAUUCCCAUGCGAAAAGGAUGAUAGACGUCCAGAACAGGGCAUACUAUGUUCAGCAUGGCUGCACGUUUACCUCAGUCAUUCCCACUAAUGUGUUCGGCCCUCAUGAUAACUUCAGUCUGGAGGAUGGUCAUGUGGUGCCUGGACUCAUGCACAAGGUCUACAUGGCCAAGAGAGACAACAAACCGCUGACAGUCUGGGGCACAGGGUCACCAAGGAGGCAGUUUAUUUAUUCUUAUGACCUGGCGCGCCUCAUGGUGUGGGUACUGAAGGACUAUCAGGAGGUCGACCCCAUCAUUCUCUCAGUUGGGGAGGAGGAUGAGAUCUCCAUUAAGGAGUGUGCAGAGCUGGUGGUGGAGGCCAUGGACUUUAAAGGAGAGGUCAUUUAUGACACCACUAAAUCUGACGGUCAGUUUAAGAAGACGGCCAGCAAUGCCAAACUCAGGAAGUACCAGCCUGACUUCAAGUUCACCCCGAUCAAACAGGCUCUGAAGGAGACAUGUGACUGGUUUGCAGAGAACUAUGACAUAGCCAGGAAGUAAGCAGAGCUGGAACCUGGGACAUGUUACUCAAAGGAAGAACUUACAUGCCUCAGAUUGAUUCAAGUGCAGUUCUGGGCAUUUCACUCCAGAGGGAAUUGUUAUUUUCCAAUAGACAAUAUAAUCAGCCGACCUUUUAUUGAAUUCCACUUGUAGUAAAUUAUGCAAUGUGUGUUUUCUAACGCAAUAGGACACUCUAAGUACCAUGCAAAACUUCCAACACUAACUUAGUUGUACACGGAUCAAAUUUUCAAUAACCAUGGAAUAAUGUGAAGUAGUAUGCAUAUAUUACUUCCUAAAAUUAAUAUGUAUCAGAAAAUAAUGCUUCCUUCUGGAGUGGAAUGCCCCUUUAGUUAUGGGAAAUUGUAAGCUUUUAUCAUAGGUUAUUAGCCUAUACAUUUACCACUGCUUCCCUGUAUUUAAGAAUAUUAGCAGCAGAGAUAUGGACUGUGUCAGCCACACUAGAAAAUCAAACUGCCUGCACUUAUAGUAAAUGACCAGAACUGUAACAUUGCAAAUAGGGGACAAAGGCAGUUGCCUGUUUUACUUACAUGCAGGCCCCAUUCAUGAUACAAAAAUCAGAGUGGUUCAAUUUGGCUUGGCUUACAAGUUGACUUAAGCUGGUUUGCAUUUUGCGUUCGUGGCGCACCCACACUCUAACUGUUUCAGUCCAUAAUGCGAUCUCUCCCACUGAUGUUGCUGUAAGCCCGUACAGAAUUGUACUUUUGUAUCGGAUUCUUGGUCUUCGAUCGACAUUGAACUGUUGUCUUGUUGAAGCCUUAGAAAUGUGGUGCAGAACAAGCCGCCUGGAAUCCACUUUGUUCUAGAAACCAUCAUGUUAGCAAAUUAAUCCAGGUUGGCUUACCAAAAGGAUUUCAGUCGUUUUAAUUUUGCAUCAUGGUUGAAUGAUUGUAUGCAACUGUGAAUUUGAUAGUUUGUGAAGCUGAUAAAAACAUUCCAAGGCAACAGCUACACAUGUAUAUAGCCCAUUUUGUGGCUGGUGUUUGUUUUACUAUUUUUGUUGUUGUCAAUUAACAUGCUCUGAUAUAGUGCGCUUUGCCUUUUUCUGAUGCAGUGUGUUUGUGCUAUACCUUUGCCAACGUUGUUAUUGAUGCCGCUUUUGAAUAUGUACAUGUAUGUGUGUUUGUUUGCAGCGUAACAAUAGAAAUUGUGGAUGGAUCUUUAUGAUAUAUAUAGCAUCUAUCUGAUAUUUAGAUAGGUUUAUGGGCUCCAAGCAACUUUCUGUGGAACUGCAUCACAACUUGGUUUUUGUUUUAUCAUUUAUCAUGGACACAAUAGAGUCUAGAGAUUUUUAGGUGGCAUAUAUAAUCUCUUGGUCUCAGGAAACUUUGAACAACUUGUUAUUUGGGUAGACAUCAACUGAUAUGAUUUUUUUGGCAAUGAGAAACCUUUAAAUGUCAGAUUAAUGAUGGGGAUUUUCCUUUAGAUGGUUAAUAUCAUUGAACAUAGAUUAUGGAAAUUAGGGUAUGCUUGACAUAGUUAAUGUGACAAGUAUUUAUUGGGCAAAGGUACAAAUGUAUAGAAAUUGUUUUAUGAUACAGUGUAUGUAACUGACUCAGCCAGGUCAUACAAUGUUAGAAUGAUGUAAGUUAAAUAAUAUACAUAAUCAUAUUGUCAGGAUAUUGGGGCUUUAUCCCCAAGGCACAACGUUACUGCUCUUACAUACUUUGUAUGAUGUCCAUUGCUAUUUUCCACAGUAUGGUGAAUAAAUUCAUGAAGACAGUGAGAACUUUUUGCUGCUGAUGACAUGACUUUGUACACAAUUAAUUAAUUCAAUAUUUCUUGAAUUAACAUAUGCCUUAUUUACAUAAAACACACCUUAUUUACAUACACAUAUAGACCUUGGUAAUGAAUCAUAAAGUUUGCAGCAAUCCAUGUAGCAGUUGACAGAAUUACACUAGACGUAAUAAGUAGGAAAAAACUUAACUGCAGUAAUAUUCUUUGCUGCCAGGGGGCCAAUAUUUCACUUAGUUAGGCAGAAGUACUUACUGUACUUACUUAUCUCUGCAUAGAUAACCCAGUAAUGGAGUGUUAAAUUGACAAGUCCUAAGUCUCAAACAUACCUGUUACAGUAUUUGGGGGAAUAGAAACCUAUUUUUCUACUACAAACCCUGAUUUGAGACAACACAAUGACUCACAUAAACUGCAUGGUAUCAUAUGGAAGAAAAA